AUGACGACCAAACUCGUUCCUCUAACCGACUUUCGCCUGCCAGACUACCCUGACGCGCCCCUGACUCUCAAUGGCGCCCCGCUCAGCAUCGUCGACACAUCCUCACUCCCCCCAGAAGGAAGUGGCACAAACAACAGCGACAACACCAUCACCCCUGCAAUUGGCCUGGCAACCCUCCUCUACAAAUGGCACCCCAACGCUCUCGCCGCGUUUCUCGACCUCGACGCCUGGUUCUCCAUGACAUGGACUCUAAGCAUCGCGCCAGGAACACCCUCAGGCCCCAAGAUUGAAAUCGGGCGUAUAGGCAACCAAAUCACGUUUGGCAGUCUGGACAGCAGCGGCGAAAACUGGAAGUUGAUGUUGACGUAUAACAUUGUAAAACAACGUAACAGCACAAAGCACAAGACUGGAACAUGGAUCCCAAAUCCCAAGGAAAGCAUGAUUGGCGAGCGCGACGUCACGUCGCCUGCAAUCAUCGAGGCGCUAGCGCAGAAAUUCAUGGCCAAAUGUGUACGGGAGAGGAGGUGGGAAACGGGCAAGAAGAUGAAACAUGGGUUUUGGGUCGAAUACGCGCCCAUGGAUGUCUGGGGCGACGGCAUCCCCAUGUCGCCGCACUGGCUGUACAAAGGGCUUGAUCUGAGUGUGUGCACGGCGUGCGGGAAGAAGAACUGCGCUGAAAAUGACACUGCGCUGGCGUUGCAGCGUUGUGGGCGAUGCGGAACGGCAACGUAUUGCUCGGAUGCGUGUCAAAAGGGGGACUGGGCGGUGCACAAGCAUGUGUGUCAGAUGGGCAUGGAGGACAGAGGGCAAGCAAUCAAGUUGGUGGAGAAGGGUGGGCUGAUUCGGUGGGAUGAGGACAAGACAUUUGCGAGCGAGGCGGGCGAGAUGAGUCGGAACCCGAAUCUCCAAGUCCCGCAAUUGAAGAGGAGUAGGAUUGCUGAGUAAACAGAGAGUUGAGGCGAGAUGGGAGGUGGUGGUUUCGAUUUUGCAUCCAUG